AUGAGCAACAAAUCAUUUGACAUGAUGCUUGAUGCAUUUAAGGAUAUGCUUCCCGAUAAUAAUGUGUUACCAAAGUCCCAUUACGAGACUAAAAGCUUGUUACGAGACUUGGGUCUCGGAUAUGAUUGUAUACAUGCAUGUAAACAUGAUUGUGUUCUAUUUUGGAGGGAAAACGCAAGUAAAGAAAAUUGUCCACAAUGUGGUGAAUCGAGGUAUAAACCUCACGAAGGUAAGGGUAAGAAAAUCCCUCAAAAGGUUCUCCGGCACUUCCCAUUGAAAUCAAGACUUCAACGGUUGUUUAUGUCAAAGGAUACAGCCUUAGAUAUGCGGUGGCAUAAGGAGAAACGUGUGAAGAAGACAAAUGAGUUAAGACAUCCAGCUGAUUCAAAAGCUUGGGAGGAUUUUGAUAGUAAGCAUAGUUGGUUUGCUGCUGAUCCUCGUAAUGUUCGUGUUGGAUUAGCAACUGAUGGAUUCAAUCCAUUUGGAAAUAUGAGCAAUGCGUAUAGUAUGUGGCCUGUGAUGAUUGUGCCUUACAAUUUGCCACCUUGGAUAUGUAUGAAGGAGCCAUAUAUAUUUAUGUCGUUGCUUAUUCCUGGUCCAACAUCGCCUGGUAAUGAUAUUGAUGUGUACAUGCAACCUUUGGUUGAAGAGUUAAAAGAAUUGUGGCGGGAUGGUGUGAUGACAUAUGACGCGUACAGUAAAUGUAACUUUAAAAUGCAUGCUGCAAUGAUUUGGACCAUUAGUGAUUUUCCCGCAUAUGCGAUGGUAUCUGGAUGGAUGACAAAGGGUUAUCUAGCAUGUCCGAAUUGUAACAAAGAAACAUGUUCUUGUUUUUUGAAACACGGACGUAAGAUAUGCUACUUGGGAAGUCGUAUGUUUUUAUCGUUAGAUCACAUUUUCAGAAACCAUCACAAGCAAUUUAAUGGCAAAAGUGAAGACAAAGGGCCACCAAAGCAGUUGACGGGUGAUGAUAUUCUAGAACAACUUAACCUCAUACCCGAGGUUAGUUUCGGAAAGGGGCCAAAUAAAAAGAAGCGAAUUCAUGAGGAAUUUGAACUUAACUGGACGAAGAAGAGUAUUUUCUUUGAACUACCUUACUGGAAGACCAUUUUGUUGCGGCACAACCUGGAUGUUAUGCAUAUAGAGAAAAAUAUAUGCGAUAGUGUGUUGGGGACAUUAUUGGACAUUGAAGGGAAAACUAAGGACACAUUCAAAAGUCGGUUGGAUUUAGAAGCAAUGGGGAUUAGAAAAGAACUCCACCUGAGACGUAAUGGUGAAAAAUUUGAGAUGCCACAAGCGCGCUACACAUUGUCAAAGAAUAAUAAAAGACAACUAUGUGAAUGGCUAAAAUCAGUUAAGUUUCCAGUUGGCUAUGCAUCGAACAUAAGUCGGUGUGUGAAUGUUAAUAAUUGUAAGAUAUCUGGAUUGAAAAGUCAUGAUUCACACGUUCUCUUACAACGUCUCCUCCCUAUUGCUAUACGAGGAUUCUUAAAUUCAGAUAUUUGUAACACAAUAGCUGAGCUUGGUUUAUUCUUCAAGGAAUUGUGUUGUCGAACUGUCAAAGUGGAUGUCUUAGAGGCAAUGGAAAGGGACAUUGCUGUUAUACUAAGUAAGUUAGAGAUGAUAUUUCCUCCGUCAUUUUUUGACAUUAUGGUGCACUUGGCUUUGCAUUUGCCGCGUGAAGCCAUCAUCGCAGGCCCUGCACAAUAUCGAUGGAUGUACCCGAUUGAAAGAUUUUUGCAUACUCUCAAAUUGUACGUCCGUAACAAAGCACGUCCGGAAGGGUCCAUUGCGGAAGCUUACGUGGACGAUGAGUGCCUCACAUUUUGUUCAAAAUUUCUUGGAGGGAUUGAGACAAGGUUCAAUAGAGAAGAAAGAAAUAGUGAGGGGAACUACAACAAUAAUUGGUCCACAUUUGAUGAUCUAAAGCAAGUGGUUCGACCGAUAGGAGCACAAAGUUUGGACAUAUUGCCCCGUGCGGACAUAGAGAUGGCCCGAUUAUACGUUUUACAGAAUUGUGAAGAUGUUUUGUCAUAUGAAGAGUUCCAUACUAAGGAAAGGGAGCAAAAUCGACGAACACAGAAUAGUGGCGUGUUAGUGAAAGGAGAAGAUCAAGAUUACUAUGGUGCCCUAACAGAUAUCAUUGAGUUAAGAUAUCCUCUGGACAACAAAUUACAAGGGACGUGGGAGGUAGUUCAAGAUAUAACAAGUAGAAGCUCGUUUGAUGUACCUGAAAAAGAGGGUGAAACAGGAGUACAUGAUGAAAUGCUCAACACUACAACAUACCAAGAGAGCGAACCAAGCAUCGUGGAUGGAGUUGUUGAAGCGGACUUGGACAUGGAUCCAUUCCCUUUGAACAGGGACGAUUUGGAGGGUGAAACUCUUGAUGCUGAAAUGAUUCAAAAAUGUAGGGGUGAAGCAGCCAUUAAUGAUGACUUUUGGGAUGUUGAGAAUGAUGAAGCUCUUGACAUUCAAUAUAGUUCAGAUGAGGAACCAGAAUUAAUGUCUGAAGAUGAUACUGAUAUGGAUGACAUGUGA